AUCACCCUGCAUCCCUGCAUGGCUCAUGGAUCAUGGACAAGACAUCCAGGGAGCAUGUAGGAUGUAGGAAAACCAAAGGACAAUGUACAAAGCAACAUCUUGGUCAUAACUCAAAAAGAGAAACCACUGAAGAAAAGACAGAAUUAUCAAAACCAAAACUGACAUCCUACGGUAUCCACCACAGAGACCAAAAACCAUGACGUCGAUACUCGCAGCAAUUCCCGUGUUCGUUGUUCUACUUUCGAUUCUGAUAAUGGCUCCACCGUUCGACAAGGGAGUGAUCGUUGGUGACUUUGAUCCAGGAGAGUACACCGGGAAGCACAAUCCUCUCUCCGAUCCCAACAUUAUUGUCGAAGAUAUUUUCUUCUCUUCUCAUGGAGACAAAUGUCAUGCGUGGCUUUAUUCCCCACCACCCCCACCCAAAAAAGAAACACCGACUGAUGGCGAGGAAGAGCCUACCAGUACCACUGAAGAAGAAGAGCAGCCAAAAUUCCAGCCCCGACCAGUCGUCGUAAUGGCCUCUGGAUUUGGAAAUCAGAAAGAUGUUGGCCUCGAUCGAUACGCCGAACGGUUUGUCCAGGCUGGGUAUGCCGUCUUUACGUUUGAUUACCGAAGCUUUGGACCUAGCAGUGGAACCCCAAGAAACUGGGUCUCGCCGAAACGACACAUUCAAGACUAUCAUUCCGCCAUUGAAUAUAUAGAGUCUCUCCCAGAAAGUCUAAAGGAAAAAGUAGAUCCCUCCAAGAUUCUCUUGUGGGGAACCUCCUAUUCUGGAGGCCAUGUCUUGGAAGUUGCUUCGCAGCGACUCAAUGAUGCCAACAUUAAAGGAAUUGUUUCGCAAGUGCCACAUCUUAGCGGGAGCGUUGCUGCCGUGAGAGGCAUCAAACGAAGAGGAAUUCCAAAGACGCUACGCAUGUUCCUUGCAACCGCCCAGGAUCUGGCCCGGCAAUUCUUGGACAUGCCCCCGGUGUGCGCUCAAAUUAUCGGUUCGGGCAAUGAUUUGGCCGCCAUGUUGGUCGAACCGGAAGAGCAUCAACGCUACAUUAGCAGACUGCCCGAGAAAAGACUAGGUGGGUGGCAAAAUCAAGUCCCCGCAAGGUCGAUACUAGACUUUCGAAUGUACAAUCCGCUCGAUACACUAAAGAAGCAACAAUCCGAUCCCAGUACAGCAAUCAAGAUUCCCAUUCUCAUUAUCACUGCGACACUCGAUACAUUGACUCCUCCAGACUUGGCCGAGGAAGCAGCUCAGUUGCUGCCUACCUCGAAGAUUAUUCGCCGAGAAGCAACGCACUUUGCAAUCUAUGAUCCCGAUAAUUCGAUACCCAUCGCUGACGAAAUGACCAAGUUUUACAGCGGUUGUUUGGCUUCCUAGUCAAUCAAGUUGCUGAAGGGCGAAUGCAUAUGUAGAAGCCAAAGAUAGAAAGAAACCCAUUCGAUUCGUAUAGAAGGGAUUCCACAAUAGACUUUAGGACUGUCACUCUGCUGAGAUUACCAAACAUGGUCAAUUUCAAAGCAACCACUAUCACCGUAUCUUUCAG